AAAAUUUUACAAAUAAUAAAUAAUAAUAAUUUUAAAAAAUUAACAAGAUAUAUUCAACCAACAUAUGCUGAAACAAUAAUAUCAUGCUAUACUAAAAAUGGACCUUAUUCAUCAUUAAAUGAUUUAUUAAUAAAGACUAAUAUAAAUGAAGAUAUUUUGAAUAAAUUUUAUAAUUCAAUACUCAAUCAUAAAAAAAUAUCCUCCAAAAAAAUCAACCAAUUUAUUGUAACACCAGAUAUUAAUGGAAUAGAAAUGCCACAAAUGAUAUUGGGAAUAAAUGUGGGACCUAAUGCAAUAAGUUGGACAUUAUUAAAUUCUAAUUUUCAUAUACUAAAUUGGGAUUGUUUUGUUUGGAGAAAUAAAAUUUCAAAAAUUACAAUUUAUGAUAUAAUUAGUUUGACAUCAUCUUUUGUACAAGAAUUAUCAUUAUUUAAUAAUGCUUUCACUUUUGUAAUAGAAGAAAUUGACAUGGCAAAAAUGUUAUGUUAUCAAUUUCAAAUAAUAAUUGGUAUUGCAAGUUGUCUUAAAUUAUUAUCAUAUCAAGAAAAAAAUAAUUCAUCAAAAUUCUAUAAUAAUUUGUACAUAUUAAAAUCUCGAUCAACAGCACAAUUCUUUAAACUUAGAAUUGGUAAUGAAACAAUUGCAGCAAAAUAUAUUUUGGAGAAAAUGUUAAAUAAAACUGAUGAAUCAGAUGAAAAUUUAAAACAGAUACAAAUAUCUAUAAAUAAUGAAAUAAAACAAAAAUAUAUAAAAAAAAUUGCAGAAGAAAAAGAACAAAUAGGAUGGUCUCUAUUAACAGCUUUAACUUUCAUACAUCUAGUUAAAAAUCAAUCUCAGAAUAAUUUAAAAUAAUUAAUUGUAUAUAAAAUUUGUUAUAAAUAUAAUUUAUAAAUAUAAAUGUUUUAUACAGUGUACGUAAAAAAUAAAAAAGAAU